CUCUACCAGCCCUCCCCGCGUCCCUCUACUGCGCAUGGCACGCUGCGUACCUCCCUCCCUCCCAGCAACCGGCCUGGCGGCAGCGCGGCCUUAAACCAAGGAGGCGGAGCUGAGACUGGGCCGGGACUGCUUGCUAACUCCAGGACCAGGGGCGGGCCUUCAUCAUAGCGGCCACCCUUCGCCUCCCUCGUCCUCCGCGGGCCCCCUUUACACACGAAUCCUUCUCGAUUCCCACAAUGAGGGGCUGUAGCCCGAGAAGAGAAUAGGCUCGGGCCUGGCCCGGAGACACCGCAGCGGAGUUGCCGGGCGGAAGAGUCGAGCGCCUGCUUUCUCUCUCCCCUUCCCCCACUGAUUUACAGGUUUAAAUUUUUGAAAUUGAAGUAGGUCUACACGUUAGGAACUCAUGUCUUUUCUUGUAAGUAAACCAGAGCGAAUUAGGCGGUGGGUCUCGGAAAAGUUCAUUGUUGAGGGCUUAAGAGAUUUGGAACUAUUUGGAGAGCAGCCUCCGGGUGACGCUCGGAGAAAAACCAAUGAGGCGAGCUCAGAGUCGAUAGCAUCCUUCUCUAAGCCGGAGAUCAUGAGUAGCUUCCUGCCAGAGGGCGGGUGUUACGAGCUGCUCACCGUUAUAGGCAGAGGAUUCGAGGACCUGAUGACAGUGAAUCUAGCAAGGUACAAACCAACAGGGGAGUAUGUGACGGUGCGAAGGAUUAACCUCGAGGCUUGCUCCAACGAGAUGGUGACGUUCUUACAGGGGGAGCUCCACGUGUCUAAACUCUUCAGCCACCCCAACAUCCUACCCUACGGAGCCACCUUCAUUGCGGACAACGAGCUGUGGGUCGUCACGUCGUUCAUGGCAUACGGCUCGGCCAAGGACCUCAUCUGCACGCACUUCAUGGACGGCAUGAGCGAGCUGGCCAUCGCUUACAUCCUGCAGGGGGCGCUCAAGGCCUUGGACUACAUCCACCACAUGGGCUACGUGCACAGGAGCGUCAAAGCCAGCCACGUUCUGAUCUCCGCCGAUGGGAAGGUCUACCUUUCGGGUUUACGCAGCAACCUCAGCAUGAUCAGCCACGGGCAGCGGCAGCGUGUGGUCCAUGACUUCCCCAAGUACAGUAUCAAGGUUCUGCCCUGGCUCAGCCCGGAGGUCCUCCAGCAGAAUCUCCAGGGUUAUGAUGCCAAGUCUGACAUCUACAGUGUGGGAAUCACAGCCUGUGAGCUGGCCAAUGGCCACGUCCCCUUUAAAGACAUGCCUGCCACCCAGAUGCUGCUGGAGAAGCUGAACGGCACAGUGCCCUGCCUGCUGGACACCAGCACCAUCCCCGCCGAGGAGCUGACCAUGAGCACCUCGCGCUCCGUGGCCAACUCAGGCCUGAGCGAGAGCCUGGCCCCCAGCACCCCCAGGACCUCCAACGGCGACUCGCCCUCCCACCCCUACCACCGCACCUUCUCGCCCCACUUCCACCACUUUGUGGAGCAAUGCCUUCAGCGCAGCCCGGACAUGAGACCAAGCGCCAGCACCCUCCUGAACCAUUCUUUCUUCAAGCAGAGACUCCUGCCUCUAGCAGCCUGCCUGUCCCUGACCCAUGGUCCCUUGCCCCACCAUGUCCUGAGGCUGGAAGCAACAGGAUCCACCCGCAACUCUCUCCCCAGAUCAAGCGACGUGCCUCAGAAGCUCUGCCCGAGUUACUCCGACCUGUCACCCCCAUCACCACUUUUGAAGGCAGACAGUCUCAGGAUCACAGUGGGAUCUUUGGCCUGGUAACAAACCUGGAAGAGCUGGAGGUGGACGACUGGGAGUUCUGAGUCUCUAAAGAAGGUGCCUGUUCUCCAUCCUGGGCUGCGUGCGCCUCUGGGACCCUUCCCGAGGGCUAGCCACAUUCCCACCCUCCUGGGGGCGGAUGGCAGAAAGGACAUUUCCACCAGGAGAGCUGGCUGCUUAGGGACUGGAAAAGCAAUUCUUGGAGAGAAACUUGACUGCUUCAAGGCUUUUGAGACAUGAGGGAACCCCAACACCCAGGGAUUGGGAGGGGCCGGAAAUCUAACAUUCCCUGUCCUGUGAGCUCAGGCGGCCUGACCUCUGCAGAAGGAAGAGCCACUGUCCUGGCCUGGCCGUGGGGGUUGUGAAGUCCAAGCCCAUGGUUAUAUUUGCCUGGGGAGCUGUGGCUUCCCAUGCUGGCUCUCCCAUCAGCCUAGUUCCUUUCUUCUCCCCUAGUCUCAGAUCCUAUAGGUCCAUGGAGGGACCCCGCCCCAUUCCCCCAGGCCUCUCCCUAAUAAGUGAAGGACAGGGUAUUUUUUUCUCUUUAAGCACUAGAUUAAGGCUUGGGUGGUCCUUUUACUCGGCCCCUGACACCUCACUUUGGUUCAUCUGGGUAGCUCCUUCCUUUCCCACCAGGAGUCCAUCUAACUGACCUCUGCUGGCUGCCUUGGUGCUGCCCAGCCUAAGGGGCUUAAGUUCUUAUGCCAUGUUAGUUUCAUUGCCAGAACAAAUUAAAAAGUUCCAGAGAAUCCA